AUGCAACUCGCCCGAUCCGAGUCAGAUGCCCUCCUCACACAUCUGAACGGCUCCAGUAGUCUCGGCAGGUUUGGCAUCGGCAGCCUACUCGACGAUGAGCUGCAGCUCCUCUCGCCGACCCACCGUAGCGCCUUUCACCGGGCUGCCGACGCGGCCUGCUCGGGCUCACUCACUGUCGCCGCAGUCAACCUCUCCGCCCUCGUCAAGGCCCUCCCGCACUCGCUCGUCCUUCGCCUCGCCGCUGCAAACGUGGCGCUCGCCAACGGCCUGCUUCCGCUCACACUUGCGCACCUCGACGCCGCCCUCGAGCUCACAGACGACCCCCACGCCGUUGGCCCUGGCCUCCUCGCUCCGGCCUCACCCGCAUCGGGCCUCGCCCCAGACUCGCUCGCCCUCGUCCGUUUGCCGCGGAUAUAUGCCGCGCUUGCCGCAGAGCUUGGCCCCCAGCCAGAGAUUCUGUUCUACAUGGCCAACACAGCCAAGCUCGCCGGCGACCUCGCAGGCUUCCUCGCCUGGCUCCGACUCUUGGCACACGCCGAUCCACACUUCCUGGAGCGCCACGUCGCCGGUCACCACUGGAGUGCCUUUGAUGCCGCCUCCGGCCGCCAAGCUUGUCGAUGCACGCCCCGAACCUUUGGCGUUGCCUACCUGGCGUUUCUGGACCACGUCAUCGCCCACACCGACCCACACGCCCUCGCCGCUCUCACCUGGAACCUCCACGCCGUACAUCAUCUCCUUGCUGCAAACCGGGUUGACGACGCGGCGCGCUCACUCGCGGCCGUCGACGAUCUCAUAUCCGACGAUCCGCCACGCGACCUUGCAAUCCUCCUCCAGGCCGCUCACGCCGCGCUCGCCGUCGCUCGCUACGACCGCCCGACCGCAGCACUCGCCGCAGACGCCAUAGCCGCACUGAGCGGCGUGGCUCCGGAUGAGUACGCACCGCAACCGGAGCUGCCUCCCAUCGGCCGGCCGGCUCAUCUUGCCACUCGCAAGGGCGUCACCGCCUUUGCCCUCGUCCCUGCUCGAGUCGCCGCCCUCGCCGACCACGCCAAGGCUGCUGCCACAAUCGAGCUUAUGGUCAACACGGCGGUGCACACAACGCGCGCCGUAGUGCACGUGGCCCAGGCCGCCGCCCUUGUUCUUGCCGGUGCAUCGGCCCGCGCCCGUCUCGCACUCGCCGCCGCCCUCAGCGCCGUUCCGCAGCGCCAUGAUGCCCUUCUCCUCUGGGCAAGACUGCACCUCAUCGAUGACUGCGUCGCCGCCGCUCUUCCGGUCCUCGCUCGUGUAGCCGGAAUCAUCCAUGAGCCUGAGCCUCAGCCUCAGCCCGAGCCUCAGCCUGAGUCUCAGCAGUCUGACGCACGUGCCACCGCUGACUUUCUUGCUGUACUUGCAUCCAUCCAGGCUGGUGAUGCCUGCUCGGCUUAUCACACGCUCCAACUCCUCCACAAGCGCCAGCCAUCGUGGCGCCUGCCGCAGUCGGCACGUAUUUCUCAGCUCGCUGCCAAAUUGCCUGCCGUCCCUCUCGCUGCGCUUGGCGACGCGCUCUACGCCCGCGGUUGCUGGUUUGAGGAAACCACCGGUGAUGCCAGUCAGGCCUUUGUUGAUAUGGCACGUGCUCUCGACGUCCACCCCACCCCUGAACGCUAUCUUCACGCGGCGCGCUUGCUGCUGCGGAUCGAUGCCCCGCGCGAGUCGGCCGCCGCCCUCCUGACAUCCGCAAUCGACCUGGAGCCUCACUCUGCCAACGUUGAGGCUCUCUAUCUCCGCGGCCACCUGUACUCGAUAUCGGGCCCUGCCAAGCGAGUGGCUGCCAUUGCCGACUUUUCUGCCGCCCUCGAAGCCUCUCCGCGCCAUGUUCAUGCUCUCCAUGCCCGCGCCCGUCUCUAUCUCGAAGCGUCAGACAUUGAUGCUGCAAUCAACGAUCUCCUUGUGGCUCGACAAGUCCAUCUCGGUCGCGACCCGGGAAGCCCGAUUCUCCCGGGCACGGCCAAGGCCCUCCUCCUCCUCGCCACCCUCCUCAUCAAGGUCGACGCCGCGGACGAGGCCCUCAAAGUCCUCAUCGACGCCGCACAUCUUCCGCACCUACCGGUCAACGACCACAUCGCCAUCCUGGUCACUUCGGCCAAAUGCCACCUCGCCGUCGCAACCGAUGACGACCUCGACGCCAUCGACGUCGCCGUAAGUGAUGCCAGUCACGCACUGGAGCUUCUGGACAUGCUCGGCGCCCCGGCCGGGGAUCGCGAGCGUUGCCGCGCUCUGUUUACCAGAGCGCGUGCGUAUGCCGUCGCCAGCCGCGAGCGCGACGCUCUCGUGGACCUCACCGCCGUCGCACUCGCCAAUCCCUCGUUCCCGCUCGUCUAUGUCGUCCUCGGCAAUACCGCACUUGCACUCGGCAUGAUCGAUGAAGCCAUGUCGUACUUUGACGCCGCUCUCGCCCGCAAACCCGACGAAGUCGCGGCCCUCUACCAGCGGGCCCGGCUGCAUGCCGCUGCUGGCCGCUACCGGCUCGCGCAGCGCGACCUCACCCGCGCGCUCAUCUCAGCACCUGACCACGCCGAUCAUGGCGCACUCUUUCUUCGUGCCUGCGUAGCCGACAAUCUCGGCCAGCACGCCGCCGCGCUUGCUGACGUCAACCAGAUCAUUGACGCCGACUGGGCGCCACACCUGCCGCGCGCCACACUUUACGCCGCCCGUGCUCGCAUGCUCUUUAACCUUGGUGAGUUUGAGCCCGCUAUCGCUGCCACCAAAGCUGUGCUUGCAAUGACACCAGGCGAUACCGCGACAGACGCGCUCCUCGGUUUGGCGCUCUUUCGCGGAGGCAACACCGCCACUGGCCUUGCUCAUCUCCAGAGCCUCGUUGAGCGCGAGCCGACAGCCGGCGACGCCCACCUGUAUCUCUCAUUCUGUCUCGAUGAGCUCUCGCGUGACGACGAAGCGCUUGCAGCCUACACCGCCGCUGACGCUACCAUCACUGACGACGACACCAAGUGCGAGCUCCUCGCCAACAUGGGUAGCCUUCUGGCUUCGCGUGGCCAACUCGACGCCGCUACCGCUGUUCUCGACCGCCUGCUUGACCGCGCCGUCGCCGUUGAUGGGACCACACGCGCAGGGUUGCCGCGUGCUACUCUCGCUCGCGCGCUUGCCACCCGUGCCUCUGUCUGGCUGGCCCGCGGAGACGUCGACGCCGCCGCCAACGAUAUUGCCGCCGCCGCCCACCAUGCCCCCCUCGAUCCGGACGUUCUCAACACCCGCGCGCUCGUCCUCAUCCAGCGCGGUGACACCACUGGAGCACUUGACCUGCUGGUCACUGCGCGUGAGAGCACGGAUCCCGACUCGUCGCUCGCCGUCACUGCCACGUACAACACCGGUCUGGUACUGCUGCUACAGUCGCGACCGGGAGCGGCACUCGAGGUCCUCGACACGUUGGUGGAAGAUCAGACCAUUGGCGACUCCGGCCUUCUCGCCGCUGUCCAUACCAAUCGUGCGCAGUGCAUGCUAUUGCUGGGCGAAACUAGUGCUGCCAUUACCGCCCUCGACGCCGCACUUCAGAUUAACCCACGCUACCCGCCGGCGCUCAUCGGGCGCGCCAUUGUGGCGCUACAGACCCGGCAGCUCGGCCAUGCAGCGGCGACUGCCUCGCGCGCUGCAGCUGCGCUCCGCGGCCAGCCGGAGAGCAGCGCCACGAGUGCACUGCCGCUCGCUGGGCUGGGGUCAAGCACGGAUGUGCUCAACCGAUCCGCCGCAGUAGCAAGCCUCGGCCCGGCCCGCAGCCUCUCGAUGACCGACCAGGUCGAGGCGCUGGAGGCUGUCAUCGCCACUUGGCGGCGGUUUUACGACGUCGUCUUUGCUGACUUUGAGCGUGCCGCGAAAGUCAACCCGCGCCACGCUGACCUUGAUCGCACCCGCCUCACGCUCCACACCCAGUGGCGGUUUCUUGCGCCGCCGCCGCCGUCGGGUACCGAGGCACACACCGUGUAUCUCGCCGAGCUGGCGCACAUCAACAUGGUGAUCCACGGCCGCGACGGCGACGCUCCGCACAACUUUCCACGCUGGAGGCUUUUUCUCAUCCGCGCGGCAGUACUCCAGGCGCUCGGCCUCUUCUCCGAGUCGGAGAGCGACUUGUUCUACGCCCAGACCAUGCUCGGCGCCGACCGUGUUCCUCCAGGUCUGUACUUGCUGCGGGCGCGAGCGCUGCAUGUCCGCGGGCGAAUGAUGGAGGCCGGCGAUGCGAUCAUGCUAGCGCUCGCGUGCUGGCGAUCUAGUGCCACCGUACUCUGCUUUGAUCCGGAGGCCUCGGCCGGUGAGCUGGAGGCUCACUCGGCGCGGACUCGCGCUGAGCUUGCGUGGUACGGUGCUGUGCUGGUCGCGAGUGAGACCAAGAUCGGCGACGUUGCCGGCUACGACCUUGCGGUCCAGCUCAUCGACACUGCUCUCGAUGGCUUGCCAGAGGCCCGACUUGUCCUGCUGUGCAACAAGGUGGCACUCGCACAGCAACACGCCCACGUCGACGUGGCGCUCGAGGCGUACCUCGCUCUGCUUCGGGCCAUGAUCGACGAGGAGACGCCCGGUUCGGCGCUUGCCGACGCUCACAUAGCACUCGCAGAUGUCUUUGACGCGUACCUUGUGCUCGUUGAGCAUCUUGAGGCGCUGGCCGGCUUUGAGCGCGAGACCACGCUCGACACAUUUGGGCCCGGCACGCUCGACGCCACGCUCGACGCGCUCUUUGCCGCCCAGCGAGUGGUCGACGCCGCCAUCCAUCAGCUCCAUCGCGCGCUUGACUACGAUGUCUGGUACACCGACGAGGUUGCUGCUGCCGAAACUGCCGCCUGCCAUGCCCAGUUUCAGGCCCGCGCCACGGCCUACUCCCACUUUCUCGCCCAUGCCCCCCGCGAGCACAUUGAGGCGAGUGUCAUCCGCGGCGACUCUGAGCUCGAGACUGCCGUCAAGGCAGCGCUCACUACAGUCAUCGCCACCAUGCACAAAACUGCCCGCGACGGUUGGCGUCAGAAGAGCCCGAGCCAUUCGCCGAUGUGCGGUUAAACACCUCUGCUCC